AUCGACACAAUGCUGGCCCGACAACCUCCGUUUUUCCCUGUCAUUGCACUAACUUCCCACGGGUCUCUUCCCUUGCCUGUUGCGCAAAGGCACCCCACGCUGGAUCUAAGCAAUGCCGAAACGAUCCUCCGCUUAUCCUCGCUGGAACACCAUGCUGCCACCCAGUCUGCCAAGCUCAGGCCUCCUAAAACAGGGGGGACCGAGGAUGCCACCGAGGAUGAUCCAAAGGUUAACUUGGAGGCGAGGGACCUUUGGACACAAUUCCACAAAUUCGGCACUGAAAUGGUCAUAACAAAAUCAGGAAGGCGCAUGUUUCCAGCGUUCAAAGCCAGAUGUACUGGCUUGAACAAAAUGGCAAAAUAUAUUUUGCUGAUGGAUAUUGUGGCGGCCGACGAGUGCAGGUACAAGUUUCACAACUCACAUUGGAUGGUGGCAGGAAAGGCAGAUCCUGAAAUGCCAACGAGGAUGUACAUACACCCAGACAGUCCCGCUUCUGGCGAGCAAUGGAUGUCAAAAGUGGUCAAUUUUCACAAACUAAAAUUGACAAACAACAUCUCGGACAAGCAUGGGUUUACGAUUCUUAACUCAAUGCACAAAUACCAGGUUAGGUUUCACGUUGUGAGGGCCAACGAUAUCCUCCAACUGCCAUAUAGCACGUUCAUGACCUAUGUCUUUUCUGAGACAGAAUUCAUCGCUGUAACUGCAUAUCAAAACGAUAAGAUUACACAACUGAAAAUUGAUAACAAUCCUUUCGCCAAAGGAUUCCGUGACACUGGCAAUGGGAGAAGAGAAAAAAGGUGA